GGAAGCGAUUACCCAGAAUUCCGCGUGACCCCGUCCCGCGCGACUUUUCAGCGCUCGCGAACGGCGGCCGGUCGCGGCGUGAGGACCACGAACGUGGAGUGGGCACGCGAGUGGAGCGGGCACGUGGAGCGGGCACGCGAGUGGAGUGGAGCGAGCGAGUGGGCACGCGAGUGGAGUGGAGCGAGCGAGCGAGUGGAGUGUGCCCUCUCGUUGUGCUUCUCGCACACCGGGCGACAUGGACGCGAUGGACAAGAAGUGGGACGUCUUGGGAGCGCUGCGCAACUCGGCUCAAGGGAAACUGCGAUACGAGCGAAAAUGGAGCCCGGAGGUGCUGACGGAGGUGGUCCCAACGCUCUCGCCGCUGGCCGGAAGAGUGCUCGACCUCGUGCAGCAACGCUCUCAGUCCUCCCCUGAUGAGGAAGAGCAGAGCCGAGUCUCCAUCUUGUCGCCGCUGACCUCCCCCCGCUCUCCGCCACUCAUCAACUGCCAGGACCUCAUCAUAGGCAACAGAAGUGGCGGGAGCUGUAUCCGCCGCAGCGAUGAAACCAUCUUCGUGGUUUCCAUGCCGGAGGACCCAGCCGAGAUUGAAGCACAGAUCCGGAGCCAGGAGGAGAUGUACAAGAUGAGGACAAAGGACCUCAUCAUAGGCAACAGAAGUGGCGGGAGCUGUAUUCGCCGCUGCGAUGAAACCAUCUUCGUGGUUUCCAUGCCGGAGGACCCAGCCGAGAUUGAAGCACAGAUCCGGAGCCAGGAGGAGAUGUACAAGAUGAGGACAAAAGUCCUGCUGCACCAGCGGUGCAAGCGUCUGGAGGCAGCGGAAUGUGCCAUGCAGCACCAGGCCACCCAGCAAUUCAAGCGCUACGAGGAGGAGCUGGAGCUCGAGCAGCGGCUGGAGCAGGAGCGACGCAAGGACGAGCUGGAUAAGAGCUUGGUAGAGGCUCAGAAGAAGCUGGAAAAAAUUAUGGAGGAGCAUCAAGACCGAACAAAGGUGCUGAACAUUCGCUUGCACGAGGCGGCCGAGCAGCACCGGCGCGAGGAAGAGGAGGAGCGUCGCCGGCUGGCAGAGGGUCACGAGCGCGCGCGCCGUCUCAACGCGCUGCAGGAGGAGAUGCUGGCGCUGAACCGACGGGCCCAGCCGUCUCCGCCGCAGCCCGGCACCGCCGCCACCGCGGCUGGCGCUCAGUCGGGGGCACUGGCGCAACUGGCCGAGCUGCGCAUGCGCGCCGGGCAGCUGUGCGACACCGUCGCCACCGCCAUCAGGAACAGCUCGGAUAGCGGUGGCUUCGGCCCAAGCCCGCAGGACCUCGCGCAUGCUGAGCAAGUCUUGGCGGAGAUGAGGCUCCUGGCCGUGCAGGUGGAGGCGUUGAGGCUCCAGGAGGAACGGCGCUUGGAGGCGGAGAAGGGGGACGCACAGCGCCUGGCACGCGAGCUCCAGCAGCAGCAGCACCAGCAGCAGCAGCAGCAGGAGCAAGCCGAGCAGCAGAAACGGCAGCAAAAGGAGGAGGAGGAGACCCGAAAUACGAAUCAAGUGGGCUUGCAGCGAACGGAUAGCAGCAUCCUGAGCUGGUCCAAGGAGCUGCAGGUCAAACUGGAUGAGACCAUGAAGAACAUGGACGGCCUCAACAGCAGCAAAGACCCCAAGAUCAAGGCCAUUAAGUUUGAACUUGCCAAGGCAGUGUCGACACCAGUGUCACAAAUCUGCUCCACAUCAGGCUCUCACCUGUACGAUAUUACGGGGAAGCUGAACUCGCUGCUGAGCAGUCAGACGAUCGAAGUGGGCAACCGCUCCAUCAGCGUCUCUCGCCACCCGCAGGGCCUUCUCUACGCUCAAUACAAACUCGGCGAGAAGCUGGUGAAACAAGGAGAGGAGGAGGUGGCGUCGCAGCACAAGGCGGCGUUCCCCAUCGCGGCCGUCGCCAUAAGCCUGUGGGACCGCCACCCGGCCCUCGGGGAGCUCCUCCUAGCUCACAUGCACCGCAAGUGCCCUUACACCGUGCCCGUCUUCAACCUUCCCACACCAGGGCAGAACCAAGAGGACUUUUUCAGGAGCCUUGGCUACUGUUACGAUGGCAAGACGCUCGAGAAACAGGACCUCUUCCUCAACCGCAUGUCAGGCAUGAUGCGCCUCUAUGCAGCCAUCAUCGCCACGCCCGUACCCUCUCCCAGCAUGAACAAGAGCCACCCCCAUGGCUUGCAGUACGGCUGGCGGUGGAUUGCACAAAUGCUGAACUUGGAGCCGGUGUCCGACAUCUCUGCCACCAUGCUCUAUGACUUCCUCGAGGUGGCGGGUAACGCCAUGGAGCGUGCAUACUGCAGCCAGUUCUGGAAGCUGCUAUUUUUCAUCAUCGAAGAAUACUUGCCUAGAAUCGAGAAGGUGUCAAGUCCCGCGCAGAUGGGAUCAGUCAGCAGGCUGAAACUCUUUGUUGAGAGGUGUAUUGCCCGUCGUGUCGUGCCCCAAGCGAGCGGGUAUCUCUCCGAAAGUUUCUGGAAGACCUAAAGGGAGAACGGACGCAAUGAGUUUUACAACGCCCGUUACAAGUGUUCCUGCGGUGAGCCUGCUGCGAGUGGCUCUGUCAUGUUUACAGUGUCUCCUUGUUCGGGGGGUGUGGAGUGCCCUGGUCAAUCAAUUAACAAGUUGAUGUUGUUGCCACGAAAACCACAUUUUAGCCCGUUUUACAAUUUGUAAUCUUAUUUGUAUUGAAUUUUUUUUAUUUUGGAAAAAGGAGAAACAAAAUUAAAAUAAAGUUAAAACACACACACACACCACUGAAACUGCCAAAAAUCACGAGCCAAUUCUGGAACCCACAAUCCAGUGCGCGCUACGUUAGUUAUCGCGCUGCGUUAAACUGGGACUGCACCAGCUCGUCUUGAUGUUCCUACUCAUCGUGGAGUUGCAGAUAACGGGCAGUUGGCAUUACAUACAAUGCUGCUCAAUCCCUCAUCUUUGGGAGUGCGAAUUUCACGUUUUUCGUUCACUGUUGGCGUUCUCCCAAACAACACUUAUACAUGGGUGGGACCGUAUAACAGGCGACGCUUUUUUUUAUUAACUAUGUACAUCCAUUGAAUUGCCAGUCGAGGGAAUAUUGAGAGAGUACGGGAGUUUUUUUUGCGUGCAUAAAGUGUGCGACAACAGACACGGUGGCAAUGCGUACGUAUCAUUUUAAAAAAACUAUGCGAAGCAAUACAGGCAGACCUCGCUUAGCGUGGGCCCAUAGAACACCCAUUUCACUGGAGUGCUCUGUCCCUAGAGAAUAUUAGUUUUUCUACAAAUUUUUUUUAAUUAAACCAAAAAAAUCCACAGUCAUCUUUUACGAGCGGGAACACGCGCAGCAGUGCCGGCCGAGGGAAGCGUAGCCGCUCCCACCAUCCGCUCGGCCAAUGAGAGCGACGCACGGCUGAGCCAAUGAGAGCAACGGACGGCUCUGAGCCAAUGAGAGCGACGCACGGCUCUGAGCCAACGAGAGCGACGGACGGCUCUGAGCCAAUGAGAGCGAUGCACGGCUCUGAGCCAACAAGACCCCCAUCCAUCCCCGGCGAUUCGAUUAUCACGAUUCGUAGUCAUGAUAACUUUUUGUUAAACCAAGUUUUAUUUUUUUUCCCCCUCUCGGGUGAGAACUCGCGAGACCCAGGGUAGAGUCCUCAGGUUCCACCUAAAAGAAACCUCGCCACAGUAAAUGUAGACCGAGGGCAUCGCUAAGACCACGUGGGUCCUGGAGCUCAUUCUCUGACAAUGACGUGGACUAGGCGUGCAGCAGCAGCAGCUCCCUCCACCGCUGCCUUGUAGGAGGAGUAAAGUAGAAUGAACUCAUAUUCUUAGUUUUUUCGGUAAAGUCACGUUGAAGAGAAACAACAAAAUAAUAAAAUAUAUAUAAAACAAUAAACAAUUCUCACGACGUUUCGACCAUAACUCAAACGGU